UCCAUCCCGCAUAUAAAAGGAACGCACACAUCUUCAGCAUCAAGCAUUCAUCACGACUGCAAAGAUGGCUCUUGGCUCCUUGCUUCUCCUGUGUGGGAUCAGUGGACUGUUGACUGGCGUCUGGUCUAGCGGAGGUGUCGUUAAAGUGCCUUGCUGCCCAAAGCACUGGGUUCGGCUGAAUGACCGCUGUUUCCGUAUUGUGGACAAGGAUAGAACUUUCGACGACGCAGAACUAGUCUGCCAAGCUAUCGGAGGCAAUCUGGCUUCCAUCUUAAGCUCAGUUGAACAUGCGGUGAUUCUCGCACUGGUCGACAAGCAACUUGGAGCAAAUCAAACUGCCUGGAUUGGAUUCAAUGACCAAGCAACUGAGGGAAUCUUUGUGUGGACUGAUGCUUCACCUUCCCCCCUAGCGGGUUUUAGGGCAUUUGAAGGUUCUAACGCCCCUCCGAGUGCCAACGAAGACUGUGUGGUGACUAAUACCGGAACAGACACUCUUUUCUGGAAUGAUGUGGACUGCACUUCAACAGUUCCAUAUGUUUGCGUCACCGGUGUGCACUAAGUCCCAACAGUCGACAUCAUGUCUUCUCCAACAGCAUCCUUUCUAUGCUCUCGAUGUCUCUUCUGAGACACUCCAGGACAUCAGCGGUGGCUUUCUGUUUCUGGAUCUACUGCAUUAUAUCUGCUCCUUUCCCACUUUACAUGCAUGGUUGAUUGCCAUCAAACAAACCAACUUUUGAAAGCUUCGCUCUCCCUCUCUCUUUAAUAAACGAAGGAAUCUGUCUCGGCAUCAA